GCCAUGUAGUCCCAAAGAAACUCUUCCAAGGGCCCAAUACCAACAAACACUUCUCUUUGUGUGAGAGUGGCAACAACUCAUUACAGCAGAGAUGUCUUUCCUUCUCACAGCUGCGCCCAGAGCUCUCCAAUUUAUGGCCGUUGGAAAGGUAGCAACAUCACCAGCCUUUAAUGCCUCCAUCCAACUCCAAAGUCCUAACAGCUUUCGUGAAACCCGCCCCAAAAGCGCAGCUCUUUCCCCUCCCUUCCCCAAUGAAAGCUUCGGCUUCCAAGUCUCGAGUCCUGUUCCCAUCCUUCCCCUGUCUCCAAGAGAGCUGGAAGGAGCCCCAACUGCCCAUCUGUUGCUCAACUGCAAUGCCGGCUUCUUGUCUUGUUACUGUGAGCUUUGGGCGAAAGAAUUAGAGAAGUUCAAGUGGGGGUAGUGCAGGCUUUGGAGUCUCCGACACGAAAGCCGGGUGUUUUAUUAUUGUUUGGGGUAGAUGACCAAAACUCUAACGGCAAUCACAAAGUGUGUGGUGCUGGAAAGAAGAUGGUUGGCAGCGUUGAAAGGGAUCAUGGUUCUCUUCACUGGAACGGAUCUAUUGACUGCUCCAGUGGUGCUGAAGAAAGGCUUGAUGAGCUCCGUCGCCUUCUCGGCAAGUCCGAUGGCGAUCUGUUAAAGAUUGUCGGCAUAGGUGCUGGUGCCUGGGGCAGUGUGUUUGCUGCGCUCUUGCAAGAUGCUUAUGGUCAUUUUCGUGAAAAGGUCCAGAUUAGAAUAUGGAGAAGGGCCGGGAGAUCGGUUGACAGGUCGACAGCAGAGCAUCUAUUUGAGGUAAUCAACUCUAGGGAGGAUGUUCUAAGGCGUUUGAUACGACGGUGUGCAUACUUGAAAUAUGUUGAAGCAAGGCUCGGGGAUCGGACACUGUAUGCAGAUGAGAUCUUGAGGGAUGGUCUCUGCUUGAACAUGAUUGACACACCACUCUGCCCAUUGAAGGUUGUGACCAAUUUGCAGGAGGCAGUGUGGGAUGCUGAUAUCGUAGUCAAUGGUCUGCCUUCCACAGAGACCCAUGAAGUGUUUAAGGAGAUCAGUAGAUACUGGAAGGAGAGAAUUACUGCUCCACUUAUAAUCUCUCUGGCGAAGGGUAUUGACGUAGGUUUAGAUCCAGUCCCACGGGUAGUAACACCUACACAGAUGAUUAGAUGUGCAACUGGAGUUCCAGUUGAGAACAUUCUUUAUCUCGGGGGCCCAAACAUUGCUUCAGAGAUUUAUAACAAGGAAUAUGCUAAUGCUCGAAUAUGUGGAUCUGAUAAGUGGAGGAAACCUCUUGCUAAGUUUUUGAGGCAGCCACAUUUCAUUGUGUGGGAUAAUGGUGAUCUCGUCACUCAUGAAGUUAUGGGUGGUCUGAAAAAUGUAUAUGCCAUUGGUGCUGGGAUGGUAGCAGCUCUGACAAAUGAGAGUGCAACAAGCAAAUCUGUGUACUUUGCACACUGCACUUCUGAAAUGAUAUUUAUUACUCAUCUAUUGGCAGAACAACCAGAGAAACUUGCUGGUCCAUUGCUAGCUGAUACCUAUGUAACUCUUUUAAAAGGUCGCAAUGCAUGGUAUGGCCAAAUGCUAGCAAAAGGGGAGCUGAGCCCUGAUAUGGGUGAUAGCAUCAAAGGGAAAGGGAUGAUUCAGGGCGUCUCUGCAGUUGAUGCUUUUUAUGAGCUUCUCAGCCAGCCUAGCUUGAGUGUGUUGCAUCCUGAAGAAAACAAGCCUGUUGCUCCAGUUGAGCUGUGCCCCAUCCUCAAAACACUCCACAGAGUUCUAAUAAAAAGGGAAGUUUCUACACAGGCCAUUCUUCAAACAUUAAGAGACGAAACCAUGAACGAUCCUCGUGAACGGAUUGAGAUUGCACAAAGCCAUGCCUUCUACAGACCAUCUCUUCUUGGCCAACCUUAAUAGCAUCAGUUGAUCAAGGAAUAAAAAAUUGAAAACUGGUCCUCCUUGUUAUUCUGUCAAUAUUAGUUUGAUAUGUGAUGAGCUUGUUAGAGCUGGUAGUGCAUAUUUUAUUCAGUUAAUAAGGAAUUCUUUGCCUGUCGCUCUGAACUAUAUUUAGGCGAGCUUGAUUUACUUUCUAUUUGUUAUGUAAACAAGAAGGCAUCCAAUUGAAGCUCAAGACGAUAUCGAAAUCCUAUGCAUCGUGUUUGCACAAAUAGAAAGCUACUGCUGUUUGUAAGAGGAGAAUUAAUUUCUUUAUUUAUAUCUAAGAUGAUGUACAAGGCCAUGUGUGAAAAUAGUUUCAGAUCAA